AUGCCCUGGAAACCACCUACGAUCGGCAAUCGCACGGUGGCCAUUCUGGGCGCCGGUGUACUUGGUCGUCGAAUUGCCUGCGUGUGGGCUGCAGGAGGAUACAAUGUCGCGAUUCGGGACCCGAGUGCGGACCAACGGACCUCAGCCCUUAAUUUCAUCGACAACAACAUCGCCAACUUUUACAAGACCUUUGGGAACACUAAUACCAAAAUGGGCCAGUAUGCCGCGUACGAAGACAUGGAUUCGGCCGUCAAAGAUGCCUGGUUUGUCGUCGAGGCCGUUCCUGAAAAACUCGACCUCAAGAUCAGCACCUUUGCUGAACUGGCCGUGAAAGCCCCCAAGGACUGUAUCCUGGGUUCCAACUCCUCCUCGUUCAAGUCGCGGUUUAUGGUGGAAAAACUGAAUGACGAGGACAAGAAGCGCGUCCUGAACGUCCACUAUACCAUGCCCCCCGUCCGAGUCACCGAAUUUAUGACCAGCACAUUUACCGAUCCUGCCAUUUUUCCCUUCCUUGAGGAGAAACAUCGGGAAGUGGGAUUACUUCCUGCUACAGCACGCAAGGAAUCGACUGGUUUCAUUAUUAACCGUCUGUGGGCGGCCAUGAAGCGAGAGACUUUGAUGAUUCUGGCGGAGGGAGUCACUGAUCCGAAGAAAAUUGACGAACUCUUUGUUGAGAUGUUUGGUGCCAAAACUGGCCCCUGCGCUGCGAUGGAUGGAGUGGGUCUUGACACUGUUGCUUUGAUUGAAGAAAACUACAUCAAGGAGCGAGGCCUGCCCAGCUACCCCGUCGAGUGGCUGCGAAAGAAUUAUGUUAGCCAAGGCAAACUUGGAGCCAAGAGUGGAAACGGCGGUCUCUAUCCUGCGGGUUACACCACGAAGAAGGGUGCUGCCAGCCAGCAUGACAAUCUGGCUGCUCCAACCCUAUACCUGCUAGAUGUAGGGAUUGGCGAAAACGUGACCAGCAACUUCUUCUCGUCUGGAAAGAUUUACGCUGCGUCCGCCAAUGGCGAGAACGUGCGGAAGCUGGCCGAUAACCUACCCUUUCCAGAUGGCAUCGAUAUCAGUGUGUCCCAGGGUCGCAUGUUCUGGAGCAACAUGGGCAAUCCGGCUGCAAACGAUGGAACCAUCGAGUCUGCAGGCCUCGAUGGCUCGGACCGUAAGGUUAUUGUCCCAGCGGGUGUUGUGCACACCCCUAAGCAACUGACCAUCGAUCAUGUUUAUGAGAAGGUCUACUUCUCUGAUCGGGAAGGCAUGCGCGUACACCGCGUCAACUUUGAUGGAAGUGGCCAUGAAGUUCUGGUUCAGACUGGGAACUUUAAUAGCCCUGCCCAGAAGAGUGAUCAGACAAACCAUUGCGUCGGAAUCGCCGUCGACCCCAAGCACGGCAAGUUCUACUGGACGCAAAAGGGCGCCAGCAAAGCAGGCCAAGGAAGAAUCUUCCGCGCCAAUAUUAAUACCCCUGCCGGAGCAACCGCUGCCACCCGAUCGGACAUCGAAUUGCUCCUUGAGAACUUGCCCGAACCCAUCGAUCUGGAAAUCGACCCGGUCACUGAACUCCUCUACUGGACGGACCGCGGUGAAUAUCCGGUCGGCAACUCGGUUAACCGAGCCUACGUCGGUAGCGGCAACGAUAGCAAGUUGCCCGCUAAUCCUAAAUUCGAGGUUUUGACCCGGCAUCUGCAUGAGGCUAUUGGUAUCUCCUUGGAUAACGUGAACAAGCACAUCUACUUUGUCGAUAUGGGCGGAUCGGUCUACCGCUCCGAUCUCGACGGCCAUAACAAGACCGCCAUCUACAGUGGCAAGAAUGCUUUCACCGGCCUCGCUUUGACUCAUAAUUCGCUUUAA